GGCUCCGCCCUCAGCAUUCCUUUGACCGUGACCAACUCGCAGGAAUCCCACGUCACCAGCUCCUCGGUCCAUGCCAUGACCCCCCCCGCCAGCGACAUCAGCAGCGUGACGGACGGUGCCGCGGGAUAUCUAGCACACGACGCCUCUGCCGACAAGAACGACCAUCUGCUGCAGCUGUCCACCAUUGCCGCCGCCCAGGACAGAAUAUCGACCGCUGGCGCAUCUAGGAAACGCAUGGCGGAUGGCGAGGUCAAGGUUGGCAUGAGCCCUGCCAAGGGCCGUGGCCAUGGUCACUCCAGAACCCUUAGCACUGUUAGCAUCACGUCCACCGGCAGCACCAUAGGGGAGCUGUCUGCCGAGCUCAAGACUCGCCUCUCUUAUGCCAUGGUCAAGGUAAACUUUGGCUGGCAAGGCCAUUCCAUUGAAGAGGUGGAAUCAAUGGCCGCUUCCCAGGCCGUCUCUCCUACUUCCGGAUCUUCCACCAUACGACGGCACAGCUCCUCGGCAAGUCCGCGUCUGGACAUUACAGCCGCAUCUGCUCAAGUCCACCUCGCUCAGCAGGCUGGCAUUCGCCGCAAGUCUGAUUCUCCCAACGUGCUCUCCAACAAGCCCUCUCUCGCUCCUCCAGCGACCAUUCAGCCCUCCCUCUCUGCAGCACGCUCCAACCCGCGCCGCAAUUCUAGUCCGCGAUAUACUCCCACUAUGCUCUCGCACUCCCACUCGGCAUCUCCUCACACCCCCGGCCAGCCAAUGAUUGUCGAUUCUCAUCAAUCCUUGUCUCAGCCCGCGCGAAUGGCCGACCCCAUCUUAUUCCCGUCACAUCAGAAUAUCAGGGAGCAGGAUGCUAUAGAGACAUUGCUAUUCAUGAGCAGCCCUAACAAUUCCGCCAACCUGAAGCAUACGUUUUCCCCUUCGGCCUCUCCUAACCCCCAGUCCGGCGCUUUCAGAAACGUCGCUGGAAGACACGCCUUGCCCAGCGCGCCUAGGAAAGGUCUCCCCGGCCACAGACCGACAAAUGUCCAUCGGAGACCUGGAUUCGACAAGUCUCCAGGAAUGAUGCACCCUCCUGGGUCGCCAAUGGAAGUAGAUUCUCCUCAGCACGCGUACUACAGCCCGAAUGGAGCUACACCGAAGAGACGCCUCAAGGGGCCAAAUAGCCACCUGAGAGGAGCUCUUUCGCUUCCCACCGGGCUAGGUGCUGGGCAUACUAGUGCUAGGAGGGUCCUGCGAGAUGAAGACAUUGAGAGGAUGCUCGACCGAGCCAGUGCCGAAGCCGCUGACUCGUCAGACGAUGAAGAAAUCCAAAUCCCCCGCCUCAGAAAUGAUGUU